AUGUACUUCUCGAAAGCCUUCAUCGUAUCCGCCCUGGUUGGCUUCGCAGCGGCAAAGUCUGAAAAAUCGUCACAAUCUAUCGCAGCUUCGGAAUCUCUAGCUGCGACGGCAAACUCCACAGCAUCUGCACCUUCGACAUCAUCGACAUCAUCAUCAUCAUCAUCAUCAUCGAUGUCAGGUAGUCUUAUUACACAUACCAUCCAGGUCGGCGGGGCGAACGGGUCUCUAGGUUUCUACCCAAACAACGUGAAGGCAAACGCGGGAGACAUGAUCCAGUUCCAGUUCCACCCAAAGAACCAUUCCGUCGUUCAGUCUACUUUCGACAACCCAUGCGUACCCAUCCAGAACAUCAUGUCCAACCAGACGAACGCUUUCUUCUCAGGCUUCAUGCCCACCACCGCUGCUGCGAACUCGACAUCUCAGCUCCUGACAUACACCAUCCGCGUCCCCGAUAAAAAGCCUAUGUGGUUCUACUGCUCACAAGCCAAGCACUGUCAGGCUGGUAUGGUUGGCGCCAUCAACGCCCCUGAAUCCGGCGCGAAGACCGUGGAUGCAUUCAAGGGCCUAGCUGCCCAAGCAUCCGAGAACCUCAGCCCUGGCCAAGCCUCUGGCUCUGGCUCUGGCUCUGGCUCUGGCUCUGGCUCUGGCUCUGGCUCCGGCACCAAUGGCAGCACCGGCACAGGGACCACAUCGCCCUCUGCUGGCUCAUCCGGCUCAGCUACAUCCGGUAACGGCACAUCAGGCACGACCACUGGCCCCGCGCAGAACACUGCCAACGCUGCACCUGUGCUCAUUAGCCAGUCUGUCUUCAGCCUCGGUGCUGCUGCACUGGCGGUCUUUGCCAUGUGGUAG